AGAGCGGCCCGGAAGUGCCCGGUAGCCCGCGGCCGGCGCCGAUUGGCUUCUUUGGGUCUUGCCUUUGUUUGGGGUUGCGCGGAGGACGCUGGCGGUCGCAUCUGUUCCUCUCUGCGCGUAAGGAGUGUCUCUGAGGCAAGAUCUUAGAUUCUCCUUGAAUCCAUCCCAGAUACAGGAUAAAUCUCCCAACAAAGCCCAGAAUGGAACCUGAGGAACAAAAAGAACUUCUGAUAGUUAAGGCAGAGGACCAUUUCUGGGGACAGAACUCCAUCUCACAAAAGUACAGUCCUCCCAGGAGGGAACUCUAUAGGCAGCACUUCAGGAAGCUCUGCUAUCACGAUGCACCUGGACCCCGUGAAGCUCUUACCCAGCUCUGGGAUCGUUGCCGUCAGUGGCUGAGGCCAGAAUACCACACCAAGGAGCAGAUUUUAGACCUGGUGGUGCUAGAGCAGUUCCUGAGUAUUCUUCCUAGGGACCUGCAAGCAUGGGUGCAAGCACACCAUCCAGAAACUGGAGAGGAGGCAGUGACUGUGCUGGAGGAUCUGGAGAAAGAGCUUGAUGAACCUGGAAAGCAGAUCCCAGCCAAUUCAGAAAGACAGGACAUAUUGUUGGGCAAGUUGGCCCCCUUGGGAAGGCCAUGUGAGUCACUCAGUGUCCAGCUCCAUCCCAAGAAGAACCAGCUGGAGCAGAAAUCUGGGAAGCUGCAAAGGAAUGGUGAUAAAACCAGGGAUAAGAAUGAAGAGUUGUACCAGAAGGAAGAUAUGCCCAAAGUCAUGGAAUUCCUAGGGGCGAUAAGUGAUAGACUGAACAAAGAUAUUCUUCAGCAUCCUGAAUCCAAAGAUGCUAUUGAAAAUGCAGGCACAUUAGUUUGGCAACAGAGGGAAAGAAGACGAUAUAAAUGUGAUGAAUGUGGAAAAAGUUUCAGUCAUAGCUCAGACCUCAGUAAACACAGGAGAACUCACACCGGAGAGAAGCCCUAUAAAUGUGAUGCGUGUGGAAAAGCCUUCAUUCAACGCUCACAUCUCAUUGGACAUCAUAGAGUACACACUGGAGUAAAGCCCUAUAAAUGUAAAGAAUGUGGGAAAGAUUUCAGUGGGCGUACUGGUCUUAUUCAGCAUCAGAGAAUCCAUACAGGUGAAAAACCCUAUGAGUGUGAUGAGUGUGGAAGGCCCUUCCGAGUAAGUUCAGCUCUUAUUAGACAUCAAAGAAUUCAUACAGCAAAUAAACUCUACUAAUAACAAAAGGUCUUUAGAUGCUUAGGCCUAACUAGUUAUCAGAAAAUCUACCUUAGGUAACACUUACGGUUUCCUGAAUGUGGGCUACAUAAGCAUCAUUAUCAUUAAAAACUUAUCUGGCUCCAAAGAAUCUA